AUGGGAGAGAUAGAGCAGAGGCCAACUCCAGGAUCGAGACUGGGGGCCCCGGAGAAUUCGGGGAUCAGUACAUUGGAACAUGGACAGAGGCUGCCCCCCACGCCUUCAGGAAAACUCAUGUCCAUCAAGAUCCAGAUGCUGGAUGAUACCCAGGAGGCCUUUGAAGUUCCACAAAGAGCCCCCGGGAAAGUGUUGCUGGAUGCCGUGUGCAACCACCUCAACCUUGUGGAAGGAGACUAUUUUGGCCUCGAGUUUCCCGACCACAAGAAGAUCACGGUGUGGCUGGAUCUCUUAAAACCUAUUGUCAAGCAGAUUAGAAGGCCGAAGCAUGUCGUCGUCAAGUUUGUGGUGAAAUUCUUUCCACCUGACCACACUCAACUCCAAGAAGAACUCACCAGGUACCUGUUUGCGCUGCAGGUGAAGCAGGACCUGGCUCAAGGCAGGCUGACGUGUAAUGACACCAGCGCUGCCCUCCUGAUCUCACACAUUGUACAGUCUGAGAUUGGGGAUUUUGAUGAGGCGUCGGACAGAGAGCAUUUAGCAAAAAAUAAGUACAUACCUCAGCAAGAUGCGCUAGAAGACAAAAUCGUGGAAUUUCACCAUAACCACAUUGGACAAACACCAGCAGAAUCGGAUUUCCAGCUCCUAGAGAUUGCCCGCAGACUGGAGAUGUAUGGCAUCCGAUUGCACCCGGCCAAGGACCGGGAAGGCACGAAGAUCAACCUGGCCGUGGCCAACACGGGGAUUCUAGUGUUUCAGGGUUUUACGAAGAUCAACGCCUUCAACUGGGCAAAGGUGCGGAAGCUGAGCUUCAAGAGGAAGCGCUUUCUCAUCAAGCUCCGCCCGGAUGUGAACAGCUCAUACCAGGAUACCUUGGAAUUCCUAAUGGCCAGUCGGGAUUUUUGCAAGUCCUUCUGGAAAAUCUGUGUUGAACAUCAUGCUUUUUUUAGACUUUUCGAAGAGCCCAAGCCAAAGCCCAAACCCGUUCUUUUUAGCCGAGGGUCAUCGUUUCGGUUCAGUGGUCGGACUCAGAAGCAGGUUCUCGACUAUGUUAAAGAAGGCGGACAUAAGAAAGUGCAGUUUGAAAGGAAACACAGCAAGAUCCAUUCCAUCAGAAGCCUUGCUACACAGCCGGCAGAGCCAAAUUCAGAAGUGCCGAAACAAGCUCAGCAGAGUGUCAGCCUGACCCUCGGAGAAGGCUCGGAACCCCCGGGCGGCCAGAGCUGCCCGCAGGGCGGGGACGUGACCGCGGCGUCGGCCGAGGACGCCGAGCGGCAGCGCGGCCCCGGCCCCUCCAGGAGCCCGGCCGGGAGCGCGAAGGGAGACGGGGCCAGCGGGGCGGCGGCGGAGGAGGACGAGGAGCUCGUUAAGGACAGGCCCCAGCAGAGUAGGCCGCGGCCCCCGCAGCCAAGCACAGGCUCCCUGACUGGCAGCCCUCACCUUUCAGAGCUGUCCAUCAACUCACAGGGAGGAACUGCGCCCACCAACGCCAUCCUGUCGCCCAACCUGAGCCCUGACACCAAGCAGGCGUCCCCCUUGGUCAGCCCCCUGCUGAAUGACCAGGCAGGCCCGCGGGCCGAAGAUGAGGACGACGGCCGGAGGAAGAGAUUCCCAACUGACAAAGCAUACUUCAUUGCUAAAGAAGUCUCCACCACUGAGAGAACGUAUCUGAAGGAUCUUGAAGUCAUCACUUCGUGGUUUCAGAGCACAGUGAGCAAAGAGGACUCCAUGCCCGAAACCUUGAAAAGUCUCAUAUUCCCGAAUUUUGAACCUUUGCACAAAUUUCAUACAAAUUUUCUCAAGGAAAUUGAGCAACGACUCGCUCUGUGGGAAGGCCGCUCGAAUGCCCACAUCAGAGGAGAUUACCAAAGAAUCGGAGACGUGAUGCUGAAGAACUUUCAGGGGAUGAAGCAACUGGCGGCGCACUUGUGGAAGCACAGCGAAGCGCUGGAGGCGCUGGAGACGGGCAUCCGGGGCUCCCGGCGGCUGGAGGGCUUGUGCCGAGACUUCGAGCUGCAGAAGGUGUGCUACUUGCCGCUCAACACCUUCCUCCUGCGCCCGCUGCACCGCCUCAUGCACUACAAGCAGGUCCUGGAGCGACUGUGCAAACACUACCCGCCCAGCCACACCGACUUCAGAGACUGCCGAGCUGCUUUGGCAGAGAUCACGGAAAUGGUGGCCCAGCUUCACGGUACGAUGAUCAAGAUGGAGAAUUUCCAGAAGUUGCAUGAACUCAAGAAAGAUUUGAUUGGCGUUGACAAUCUUGUGAUCCCAGGAAGGGAAUUCAUCCGCCUGGGCAGCCUCAGCAAGCUCUCCGGGAAGGGGCUCCAGCAGCGCAUGUUCUUCCUGUUCAACGACGUCUUGCUGUACACGAGCCGGGGGCUGACGGCCUCGAAUCAAUUUAAAGUCCACGGGCAGCUCCCGCUCUAUGGCAUGACCAUGGAGGAAAGUGAAGAGGAGUGGGGCGUCCCCCACUGCCUGACCCUGCGGGGCCAGCGCCAGUCCAUCGUGGUAGCCGCCAGUUCUCGGCCGGAGAUGGACAAGUGGGUGGAGGACAUACAGAUGGCCAUCGACUUGGCUGAGAAAAGCAGCGGCCCCGCCCCCGAGUUCCUGGCCAGCAGCCCCCCAGACAACAAGUCCCCCGAGGAGGCGGCGGGUGACCAGGAGUCGGAGGACGACCUCAGCGCAUCGCGCACCUCGCUGGAGCGCCAGGCCCCGCACCGCGGCAACACCAUGGUGCACGUAUGUUGGCACCGCAACACCAGCGUGUCCAUGGUGGACUUCAGCGUGGCCGUGGAGAAUCAGCUGUCUGGGAACCUGCUGAGGAAAUUCAAAAACAGCAACGGGUGGCAGAAGCUGUGGGUGGUCUUCACAAACUUCUGCCUCUUCUUCUACAAAUCACACCAGGACAAUCACCCCCUUGCCAGCCUGCCUCUGCUGGGCUACUCACUCACCAUCCCCGCAGAGUCCGAGGACAUCCACAAAGACUACGUGUUCAAGCUGCAUUUCAAGUCCCACGUGUACUACUUCAGGGCCGAAAGCGAAUACACGUUUGAGAGAUGGAUGGAGGUGAUCCGAAGUGCCACCAGCUCGGCCUCACGUGCCCAUGCCCUGAGUCACAAGGAAUCUCACGUGUAUUGA